GUCCCGUCUCUCCCACACGCCGGGUGCCUGGGGCUGGGACCGGGGCAGGGGGCGGCGCGUGCAGAGGCGCUCGGGGCAGUCCCCCCCCCCCCCCCCGGGGGCGCGGGCCGCGCGCUGGAGCAAGCGGCCGUUGCUGGGGUUGCUGAGGCGCGGGGCGGCGCGAUGUCGGCCCCCGGGGCGAGGGGCUCCGUGUUCUCGGUCUCCCAGCCCCCCGCCAGCGGCACCGCCGGCCGGCUCGGCUCGGUGGAUUCGGUGCUGGGGAGCUUCAGCCGCGAGGUGGCCAAGGUCGGCAGAGUGCGAUCCCUGCUGAAGUUGUUGCAGAAAAUCCUGAAGACAUCUGAUAAAGAAACUGAACAACCUGCUGACGUCCACAGUUUAGUCCCCUGUGGAGAUGUGGUUGGUUGCCUGGCUGUUCAUGUGAAGGUGUGCAAAGAUUUUACAUCAAAAUUCGAUAUACAGCAAAAUACAAACUUGCUGCUUCGUAUUAGUGUUAACGAAGUCAUGAAAUGCACAAAUCCACAAACUUUCAAAUCACAGUUAAAGAAGAACAGAAAGGACAUUGUGAUUCAUUUUGAAGAUGUGAAAUAUUUUUCUGUACAGGUUCCAAGGCGGCAAGAGGAUGAGCGGAAUAGGAUUAUUCUAGAAUUGGUAGGAUUUCAAGGUCCAAAAGACUUUCCAAGGUUGCUGGGGAGUGCAACUGUACACCUUUAUGAAGUCAUUAAGAAAGGCCACUUCAUUGAAACAUGUGCCAUGAGGAUUGGAAAUAUGGUUUUCUGCACAGCAGAAGUGGAGUUUAUGUUCUGCUAUGGAAGUUUCGGAUAUGGCUACUCGCACCAGCUGAAACAUUCUGCAGCAGAUCUUCGGAAGACCACUAAACAUUCCAUGUUUAUUCGGAUUCCACCACCUGAAGACAGAACAGAUCCUCAAAGUAAUAUUACCACAUCACAACACAUGGGAUACCCAGCAUUCUUAUCCCCAGACCUGAAUGUGAGAGAAGAGACUCUUGAGAAGGAUAUUCCUACAAAAUCUGAUGUGCCUUCUGAUGGUUUAGAAAUGCUUCAGAGUGUUCUGAAUAGAACGUCUCCUCGAAAAAGAUUGGAAAAAAUGAAAAAGGAAUAUCGGGGUCUGAAAACAUGGCCCGAAAAGGCUGAGUAUUUAGACCAACUCAUCAUGAAAAGGGGACCUAAAAUGACAACAGAGCAGAAUAUGGCUUCUCGCUUCAAGGAAAUGGUUGGAAAGAUACAACAUGCUACUGAGGAAGCAAUCAGAAGCUGUUCUGACACAUCAGCUGAUUCACAGUUACAGGAAGAGCAGCUGUCUGGAACUGAGACUGAACCCAGCAAGGAUUUUGACCUGCCCUUGAGAAUUGCAGAGACCAUACUGAGAAGUGUGAAAACAGAUUUAAGUGAUGCCCAGGAACAUGCAGAAUCUGAAGAAAAUCCUCUUUCUCUUACCAGAGAGACUGGAAUAUCUGCAUCUACUAUUUCUCAAAAACUGCCAACUAAGAAAGUAUCUGAAAAUCGGAAGAGGAAAUCUUCAGAAGAUCAAGGCAAAAUUGUGGACUCAAAAAGUAUUAUUGCUAUAGCUCUAGAGAGGGAAACAAAAUUGGGAAACAGUCGUGGCAAAGAAGUAAUAAAAGAUCUGGAACCAGCAGGCAUAUCAUCAAAGAGGCCUGACCUGUCAGGUUUAGAAAAUUAUCCAGUAAUAGAAAUACAGUACCAGCAACCUAUUCUUAGUGGAGACAAGUUUGAACCUUUUUUGAGACAUGUAGGUAGAACACAAUCAAGUGCACAGAAUGAAAAUAAAGAAGAUCAAGAAGUGCCUAUUUUCACUCUUCUGAAAAACAAACUUUCAUGUGCAGAGAUUAAAGAAGACCAAGAUCCACCUGUCAAGGCAUCUUCAACAUUUGCAGCAAGAAGUGCAGAUACUAUUUUAAGCAAGAACGGUCAGCACCUGUCCAUAUUAAAACUUAUAGAAUCAAAAAUGGAAUUAGAGGAGGAUGGGAUUAGCGUUAAAGAAGAGUCCCCAACACAGGCUAUAAGAACAGAUUUGCCAGAGAAAUGCAAAGAGGAAAGACUUUCAGAAACAGAAAUAGUACGUCUAAACUCUUUUUUAAGUAAAACUCUUGAAGACUUUCUUAUAGAUAGACUUAUAAAAGUAAUAAUGCUAAAAUCUGUUUUAAGCAAAAAUCUUGAUGGGUUUGUCGCAGAGAGACUUUCAGAAAUAGGGAUAGUCACAAAGAUAGAAUUAGGAGAAGAAUACCAGAACCUACAGAGUAUUAUAGAUGGAUCACCAGUUGUUUUAGAGAAAGAGUUACUUGAAAAAGGAAAAGAUAUUUCCAGGGAAAGGCUUUCAGAAGCAGAAAUAAUAAAUUUAAAAUCUGUUUUGAGUAAAAACCUGCAAGAUCGUCUCAUAGAGAGAUUUUCUGAAACAGGGAUAAUCACAGAUUUGGAGUUAGGAAAGCAGCACCAGAACCUAUCAUUGCAGGGAAUUAAAGAUAGAUCACCAGUGGUUUUGGAGAUGGAUUUAGCUGAGAAAAUGCAUGAUAGUUGUGAGAAGAGACCUUCAGAAAUGGAAAUAAAUCUUAAAUCUGUUGUAAACCAAAAUCUACAAUAUCUUCCCAUAGAGAGGCUUUUCGAAACAAGUCUAAUUGAAGAGGUGAAGUUAGGAAAGGAUCACAAAAACUUUUCUUUGACAAGGAUUGAUGAGAGACAACCAAACCCUGAGGCAGAUUUAUCGAAGAAGAGGAAUGGUCAAUCCAGGGGAAAAUGUUCAGAACCUGAAAUAAUAAUAAAAUAUCUAAGUCAAAACAUACAAAACUGUGCCGCAGAGAGUCAUUUACAAACAGGGAUAAACACAGAGAUGGAGUUAGGAAAAGAGCACCCAAACCACUCAAUGCAGAUCAGCAAAGUCAAAUUGCCAAUGGUUAUGGAGACAAAUUCACCUAGGAUAGGACAAGAUUGUCACAAGCAGAGGCUUUCAGAACAACAAAUAAAUCUAAAAUCUGCUUCAGACAAAACUCUCCAAGAUUCUCUCAUAGAAAGACUUUUGGAAACAGAAAUAAUGAGUCUAAAGGAUUUUUUAAACAAAUGUCUCCAGGAUCAUCUCCUAGAAAAACUCUCAGAAACAGGAUUAAUCACAAAAGAGGAAUUAGAGACAGUACAUCAGAACCAUUCCUUGCUGAACAUUCUGGAAGGACAACCAAUGACACUGGAGACAGAAUUACACAAUAUAAGCCAAGUUCAUUCUGGUGAGAGUCUUGCUAAACCACAUAUAAUAAAAGGAGAACCUGUUUUAAGUGGACAUAUACAGGACUUCCUUCUUGAGGUACUCUCAGAAACAGAAAUAAUGAAUCUAAAGUCAUUUUUAAGCAAAAAGAUCCAAGACCAUCUUGUAGAACGACUCUCUGAAAUAGGGUUGAUCACAGAGGAAGAGUUAAGGAAGAUAUACCACAAUUUGUUUGUGCUGAGAGCUAACAAAAGACUGUCAUGGGAUGUGGAAUCAGAUUUACCCGGGGAAGAGCAAAAUCUAAGUCUAAAAUCUCUUUUAACCAAAAACCUUAAAGAUAGACUUUCAGAAACAAAACUAGUACAUCUAAACUCUCUUUUAAGCAAAAUACUGAAGGAAGAUCAUAGAGACAAACUUUCUGAAACAGAAAUAAAAAGUCUAAAAUCUGUUUUAAGCAACAACUUGCAAAACCUUCCUAUAGAAAGUGCUUCAGAAACUGGGUUAAUCAAUGAGAUAGAAUUAAAGGGAGUAUGCCAGAAUGCUAAAGGAAAACCACUGAUAGUUACUGAUACAGAUAUACUUGAGAUAGGGCAAUGUCAUUCUAAGCAGAGUCUUGAUAAACUCACUAUAAUAAAUGAAAAGCCUAUUUUAAGAAAAGAGAAGUUAGAACUUCCUGUAGAGAAUGUUCCAGGACAAGUAACGUGUGUGAUGGCAAAUCUAAUCAAUGAAACCAAAAUCAAUAGUGUAAUACACCUUCCUCAAAAAAAUACUUUAGAAAAAGAGAGUCAAGAUCCACAAAGUUGUUUUGGUAAAGCAGAAGUAGCAUAUUCAAACACAGAUUUUGACAAAUCUUUAAAACCAAAGCCCCCGAAUGAGACUUUGAAGGGAACACAUGAAACAAUAGAUUCACCUUCCUUACGUGCCCAUGAUAUUGCUAUCCAAACAGAACUUAAGGAAUAUCUCUGCAAACCAACACUGUCCUUUCCCGUAAACCCUCAAACAUUUAUCUUUGUACAUUCAGGGUCUGAUGAAGAAACUAAGUCACCGAACAAGUCUCAUGAGAAGUCAAAAGGCAAAAAAAAGCAUGCUAAGCGUUCUAAGAAGCACGUUGCAUCAUGCUACACACCCCAGGGACAAGUAUUAAUGUGCACACAGUUUAAAAAGGAAAAACAUAGUUUGAAUAACUGUAAGGAGAUCUUAAAGGAAAAACAUAGAAAACAUUCUGAACCACCACCUCCAAGAUCAUGUGUUUCAGAAGCCAAGAAGGAUUCAAAAGACUCAACAGUCUCAAACAUUUUGAAAAAGGAAAGCCUGAAGCAGAAAGCUGAGCAAGAAAGAGAGAAUGAUGGGAGACCAAAGAAAUCACUUAGCAAGUCUAUUAAGAUACCAACAGCCACAGUGUCUGAACCACAGCUACAGCACUCUGAAAAAGCAUUGCAAGAAAAAUCAUACGGUACUCACUACUGAAGAAGUGGUUGAAAGAAGUUGUUACUCACCUUGUGCAGUAAUGAUGGUUCUUUGAGAGAUGUGUCCCUAUGCGUGCUCCACUGUAGAUAUGUAAAAUAUCCAUUAGCUUGUGGUGUGACUCAGUCACCUCUUGUAGUGGUAUCUGUAAAGCUUCAGUCCUGGAACAGUUUGAAGUCAUCUGCGAUAGAUGGUGGAGGGGGCAUCACUGUCUCAUCACUGUCAUCAUCUGGCGAUAAUGAUGAGAUGGCAUCACUGUCUCAUCUGGCGAUAAUGAUGAGACAUGGACUUGAGGGGUAACUUCCUCCUCAACUCCUCCUGUUCCUCCCUUGCCUUUUUAGGGGAUUCAGAAGCACUUGCAGCAGCUGGAGGAGUGUGUUUCCUUGGUUUCUGGUAGGCCACACUAGAACUACGGGAGGCCUGUUGUCUUUGAGCCUGCGAGGGAUCUCAGUAUAGCCAUUGCGAGGGUGGGAAGGAACCCUGUGGUUGGCACCAUGGAUGUCCAAACCAGGGAGGCUGUGGAUCAAAAGGACGAUAUCACUGAGGUCCAUAGUGAAAUUGGGCACCAUUUGGCAGGUGAGAAGAGCAUUGGGAGACCACAUCCUCUUUCUGAAAGUUCACUUUCUGACUUGGAAGACGAAAAGGGCGGUGCACAGCAAGAAGUCAUCGGCGAGUCAAAGGCUCUGGGUGAACUUAGUAUAAGGGCCCUGGUACUGAGCAGAGGAGAGCCAAUGCAAGAGACACCGAAAGAUCUGUUACGCACUGGAAGUCCGGCUGUGCCAAAGGUGUUGGUACUAGUAGUGGUUGUCGAUGCUGAGAGGCCUGUACCGACGGGGACGGUGAUGUGGACCUCAUAGUAUGGUCUGUUGGUGCCUGAUGUACCACAGGUGGUAAUGAUGUCCGAACUGGUGGAGCCUUCCCCGGGGCAGAUUUUCUGUCUUUCUCAUACCCUGAUGGUACUGGUGGUUCCUUAUCUAUGCCCACUGGGUCCUUGGGCAACCUGACAUACUCUGAGUACUGGAUUAAGAUGACUUCGGUGCCAUGGGUACCAAUGAUACUAAUCGAGCUGGAGGUAGUUUUCAACUCAAUGGGGACUUGCCAUGGGACUCAAGGACCUUUUCUUAGAGGCUUUAUGUGAGUAGCUUACGAGCGUCUUCUUGGGUUCACCUCCCUUGGAAGUAGAGAGUUGUGGUGAGGUCUCCCUGCCACAGCUGAGGUGGUUGAAGAGAUGACUCCUUGCGUAGGAAUUUGAGCCUCAGUUCUCUGUACUUUCUGGAUCUGGGCUUCAGUUGUUGACACAAACCACACUUCUUCUUUGAGUGCUUGUUCACGUCCAUUCCAAUCAGGUGUGCGCACGUGCGUGUAAGGCAGCUGGAAACUUUUUCCCCUAGCAGCAUCCGUCGGGUCGGCCUGGGCACCCCCUGGAGCCGCGCCUUCAUGGCAUUCAAUAUAGAGCCCUGCCGACCCACCACCCCCUCAGUUCCUUCUUACUGCUGGUGACGGCUAGCUGGAAGAACCUGUUGCUCUUGCUUUGCAAGCAUGUUUGGACAGUGUCCACUCUUAGUGUUUGUGAUGUUGCACUCCAUAUGUUUAUGGAAAUACGCUUAUGAAUGUAAAUAUAAUGUAACUGGAAUAUGUUUUAUGCAAAAGGUCUCUUGUAAG